UGAGCGUGCAGAGCUGAGCCAGCACCUCUGUCGGCUACAUGGGGGUUUAGCUGUCCUCGCCAAAGGAGUUGUCAGCAACAGCAUGACAGGUGACAGCAGUUUCCUGUUUCUGAAAGCAGUGCUACCAGCCACACCAUCCCUCACCUUAAUUUAGAAAGCUGUUUUGUUGUCAUCUGGUUCUACACUUCCACAUGCAGGCUGAGGGCUGAAACAGGAAUAACAGCACUGGGGUUACACGACACUUUCCCUGCUCAAACCACUGGGCAAGGAAAGCCACAGGAAUUGUUCAUUGUAAGCAUUUCCCACAGAAUAAAACCAACACGUAGGAGCAGGAGGCAGUCUUGCUCCUCUGCAUUUUCUAGCAUAACAUAACAAAUGAGCGUGCUCAAGAACCACAUAUGGAAUGAGGUAUAGCUCUUAAAUUUUACCCUGUGGACAUUCUACGUUUGCAGUUGAAGAUUUAUUCCAAAUAUACUUCUCAGCUCUGAGUAUCUGUCAAGUGGAUUCUUAUUAAUGGGGGAAAAAAAAAAUAAAAAAAAAGCAGAAUUUUUCUCAGCAUAAGGGAUGAAAUCAAUCUCUGUUACUAUAAAUUACAAACAAAACUAGAGCUAAUCUCAGAGAUUAUUUUUAUAGCCACUUCUUCUUGCAGUUUCUAAAAAGCAGUCUCAAACCUUUGAAGUUUUUGAAUCUAAAUUCCUGCUUACAACUGUUAAAAUAUGAGGGGGUUUUUUUUUCUGUAUCCACCAGCUCUCUGAGGCACCACCUUCUGUAGCAACAUUACAGAUGCCAGCCCCACAAUCUGUGCUAUGCAGACAAACACCCACACCUUGAGCCCUCAGUGGACCCACGUGCCUGGUAAAUCAGAGAGUCAGAAAUCCAGCAACAAACAGCAGUAACAAAAGCACAAUACAUGCUGCAACACGUACAGUGGAGAUGUAAGUCACGUCACUACAAAACACCAGCCCCCACUGUGCAUAUAUGAAAAAAAAUUCAGAAAGAGGCACAGAUUUGAGAUAAAAUGUGAUGAUUGCAAUCCUAAUAGAAUUCAGUACUUUAACCCUGUAUUGUACAAUGUCUGGCAACAUUAUUUCAGCAUUGUUUUUAAACAGAGAUGUCUAAUCCAUAAAAUGGUAUCCAUAAGCUUUUCUUCUAGAAAAGUACAGUGAAAAAUUGUUCUUUCUUUCCUUUUGAAGACAUAAAGUACCUAAAAAGAUUAAUAAGUAAAACUAUGGGAACUAGCAAACAUUCCAGUUUUUCCUUUAAGACAUUAAAAUUUCUAGUUUGGUUUGGUUCUGAAAGCUUCUAAACAAAUUAUGUAAAUUACCUAUCCUAAAUACUUGGUUCACAACAACAACAAAAGGAGUUAAUGAUGAUGUUACUUUUAGUCUUCUAAAGUUAUGCUAAUGAAAACACUAAUCAAAGAUUGCAGUCACAUUUUCAGUCCUUGCCAGUUGUAGGUGGAUUAUGUUGAGCAAUAAAAUUUAUAGCUUUAUCAUGACACAACAUAUAUAUAAGGCUGAGCUGAUUCAGUUGCUAAUGAAAUGUGAUUUGGGGACUCUUGCACCAGCUGGUGAUGAUUAGGGCUUAUCACAGAUAGGUCUAGGAAAAGGCUGGGAAAUACUUAAGCUUGUUUUGCAGUUGCUUUGAGCUCUUAGGAAAGGAGCAGUUUCUCUGCAACAUCAGCCUGAAGUUUUCUGCCCAUACAAAAGAGCACUUCUCCGCUGGCAGUGAUUCAGCUCCUGAUGGAGGAGCAAACCAUUCCCAGAGAGGUGCCAGCAGCUCUAAAGCGCCUGGCCAAAUACAUAGUGCGUGGUUUCUAUGGUGUGGAGUGUUUCCUGGCUCUGGAUGUGCUGAUCCGCUACCCCUGUGUGAAAGAGGAUGACUUGUUACAGCUGCUCAAGUACGAGCGCAAGCAGCUGCGCACCGUCCUCAACACGCUCAAGGCGGACAAGCUGGUGAAGCUGAAGAUGCGAGUGGAAACGGGGCCCAACGGGAAGAGCACGAGGCACAAUUACUACUACAUCAAUUACAAGGUGCUGGUGGAUGUGGUAAAAUACAAACUGGAUCAUGUACGCCGGAAAAUAGAAGCAGAUGAGCAGGAUUCAACUACCAGACCCUCUUUUAAAUGUCCAUCCUGCUCUAGCACGUACACGGACCUUGAAGUCAAUCAGCUCUUUGAUGCAUUUACAGAGACUUUCCGCUGCACUUACUGCAACACUGAAGUAGAGGAAGAUGGCGCAGCAUUUCCAAAGCAUGAUGCUCGAACCUUGCUGGCAAAGUUCAACGAGCAGAUCGAGCCUGUCUUUAUGCUGCUGCGCGAGACGGAUGAUAUUGUGCUGCCCUAUGACUUGCUGGAGCCUCAGCCAACAGAAAUACUCCAAUUAUCAGAAAGCUUUGAUCCGAAGCUGGGCUCAAGUAUGCUUGAGGAAUCCUGCAGCUGCCCUGAAAAAUGGGCACACAGAAGUUCUGCUUUUGGCCUUACAUACACCCAAAACAUAACUAUUGAUGUCCAACACUCAAAGCCCAAGAAGAGAAGAAGAGAAAAAGCAACUGAAAAACAACCUAUCUGGUUGUCACAGAGCACUGUGGAAGGAGCAGCAACAGCCACCAAUAGUGCUGGAGUAAAUGCUUCUGAAGAAACUGAAGAAAAUGUCAAAGAAACUGUCACUGAUAAUGAAAUCAUCAAGACUCUUCUGAUCCAUGAAUCCAAGUCAUCAUCCUGCACAGACCAGGCUCCAAUUGUCAAAAGAAAACUUCAUGGAUCACAGAGUGGUAACAGUGAGUUUGAAGAGGAUGUCAAGCACUCAAGACAUGCAGGAAUGAAAGUACCAGGCAGCAACUUUGAACUAGAGGAGGAACAGGAAACUCUGGGUCCUAUUGUAAGGGUAGCUGGCCAGCCCUGUUCAUAUGGCGAAGUUAGUGAAAACCCAGAGCUUGUGUCUCUCAUGACAAGUGAAGAGAGAGAUGCUUAUAUAAAAGUAGGACAAGAAAUGUUCCAGUCUGUGUUUGAGUAACUACUACUGUAGGAAUAUCCAACCUUGUAUAGAAUGGAUGAAGGCUUCUGAUUUAUGUUCUUCAAAGUUUAUCACUGAAGGGUUUUGUUUGAACUUGCUCUUAAGCAAGAUGGUAAUCCCGUAGUAGGUAACUACAGUUCAAAUAUUAUCAUUGCAGCCACAGCAAGUGUUGUUUGCUGUUGUAAUGCUUAGACUUGGUGGAUGAUGUAAUUAGUUUUGGAACAUGAAUCAUUUCAGGAUAUGUUUAGAUCUGAUUAAAAUGACAUUUGAAAAGCAGUGAUGCAAUCUAUAGUAAGAAAUAAAUUACUCCACCUUCCUCCCAGAAGUAACAGUUACUUCCAGCAGUGAAAAGGAUUCCAAAUCCAGUAUGACUUGGUUUCAUUCCAUACAUGUGUUCUACUAGUGUGUUAGGUCACUCACUGUACAACAGUAAAGGACAGGUGUCACACAGCAACCUCCUAAAGGAAGAGCUGUUACUAAAUUGCAUUAGCAAUUUAAGGUGAGAAGCAACUCUGGCCUCUGAACUUUCAUCCUAGGAAUAAUUUUCCAAAUUUUUGUACUUAGGGUACUACAGAAUCAUCUUGAGCGGUGGACCGUGCAAGGGCCAUUGGACAGCAAAAUGUUACAUUUUGUUCUGGUCUAGAUCAGUAAGGGAGCAAGCAAUGUAUCAAGCACAAGACUCUGCUUCUCACAUCUCACACCCCAGUGCUCUUUUUAAGCAAGAAACAAAUUCUGCUUGAAAAUGAGCUACAUGAGUAGAUGGACUAGCAUUAAGCAUAACUGAGUUUUUCUUCUUCAGGAGUUCUACUACUUGAGCAAGGCAUAAUGAAAGUAGAAGGGCACAAAGCAAAACACAGGAGGUUCCCUCUGAAUGUUAGGAAACACUUCACUUGUAAGGGUGACAAAUGCAGGCCAGCUUGCCCAGAGAGGUGGUAGUCUCCCACCAGGAAGAUACUCAAAAGCCACCUGGGCAAACAGCUCUGAGUGGCACUGCUGGCACAAGAUGACAUCAAGAAGGCCCUGCUGACCAUUCCAUAAUGAAACAGUAGAUAGAAGGUAUGACCAAAGAAAUACCAUUUUGAUGCAUUUUUCAUAUACACAUACUGUGGGGUUUUGACUGGUGAUUUUCUUUUCAGUAGCUACUGUUGGGCUGUUUUGAACCUCUGUUGAAAAUAGAUGUAGAUAACACAGAGAUGUCUUCAUUAUUGCUGAGCAGCACUUGCACAGAGUCCAGACUUUCCUGCUCAUUACCCUGUGUCCCCAGUGAGAAGCCUGGGGAUGCACAGUUAGGAUGGGACACUGCCAGAACAGCUGCCCCUCACUGACCAAAGGGCUAUUCCACACCACAGGGCGUCAUGCUCAGCAUACAGAGCUCAAAGAAGAAGGAACAGGGGAUAGUUGGAGUAAUGACAUUUGUCUUCACAAGUCCUUGUUGUGCAUCAUGGAGCCCUGUUUUCCUGGUGAUUGCUGAACACCUGCUUGCCAUUUUGCUUUGCUUGCAUGUGUAAGCUAUUGUGUUUACCUAUUAAUCUUUCUUUCAACUACAAAUUAUUUUGUUUUCACUCUUCCACUUCCCUCUCUGAUCCCACUAGUUGGGGUGUAAGCAACCAGCUGCUUUGUGCUCAGCUGGGGUUAAACCCACCAUUCCAAGUCAAGAAUUCAGGAACGGGGGGUACUCAGGUGUUGUACUGUAUUAAGAAACAUGGUAUAUUCCUGAGACCUACCCUCUGAUCUGUAGUGUGUUAGCUCCUGCCCUCCCUACUCCUCCCCUUUAGUUUUUUCCUAUUGGUUCUAACCUGUUCUCCUUUUCCUCUCUCCCCCUGUUCAAAAGACAGCAUGGGAUCAGACUCUGUCUCUUUUCUGCCCUGGGCGAGUUCUGAUUAAAAGCUGGGACGCUGUCCCAGCAGGAGAGAGCCUCCUUGUCUGUGUCUCUAGUCCUUGCUAUUAACUCCCCCCAGCCUCUCUGGACCAUGGAUGUGCGGACGGCAUCGCGGAGGCAGGGGGAUUUUAAAAUAGCACUCAGGCUCUUUCUUGAGCUUAGAAUUUAAUGAUUCAAAAUAUAAACUAACCUUAUUUCAAAUCUGCACACAUAAUCUCAUCUCAUUCUACUUAAUAAAAAAAUAUAAAUUCC